CCGACUCUUUAUGCAUCUGAUUUAACAGGAGACGAACUAAAAGUAUACGAGUUUGUUGUUAGACGUUUUUUGGCAUGUUGCUCAGAUCAUGCCGUAGGGCACGAAACGACCAUAGAAAUCAAAUUAUGGGAAGAAAAAUUUACUGCUAAAGGUAUGAAUUAUUUGGAUGUAUAUCCUUACGAUCGUUGGGGCGAGUCCAAUUUACCAAAUUUUCAGAAAGGUGAAACGUUUAUACCCACCACAUGUGAAAUGCGAGAAGGGCGUACUUCACCGCCCGAAUACUUGACUGAAGCUGAUUUGAUUAGCAUAAUGGACCAGAACGGCAUAGAGGAUGUGAUUAAGGAUAGUCUCUCCAUGUAUAAAGACAUGUAUAUCAAGACAAAUGAAAACGUGCAAAAAUUAAUUCAACUUGAAAACCGUCCGAAUCCUGUGAAUCAUGUGCAUCCUGUGCAACCAAUUAGAAGACCUUUUCAACCUUCUGCGGUUGCGACGCAAUCUGGUUCAAGGCAAUCAGAUCAUCCUAAAUGUCAAUGUGGUUUAUACGCUGCUUCUAAUAAGACAAAGUCUCCUGGAGUUAAUCAUGGAAGGCCUUAUUUUUCAUGCCCAAAGGCAGGUAAGAAAUGUAACUUUUUCCAAUGGGCAGAUGGAGGACCGAAUUCAGGUUCGGGUACUCGCCGAACUCAUACGACUAGUGAUGGAAAUG